AUGGUCAGGUUGUACCCGACGGUCAUGCGUUUCCCUGGGAGCAGUAUUCCGUGGGAAAUUCACUCGAACCCCAAGUUGUUUCCAUUUUCAAGGGCUGCGUCGGCACCCUUGACGGCACGCACGUACCGGCGAUCCCUCCGCCAUCUGGAGCAAAGCCGUUUCGAAAUCGAAAGGUUUUUCUACCCAGGCAUCGCGCGCAUUCCCGCCUAA